AUAAUGUUUAUGAUGCAACAGAUGCGUGCAUUUACUCGAACACAAAACAGCAAGCUUGUGCAUAGCCCCAUUAAAGCAAACGUAGUUAAAGGCUAAACAUCUGUUUCCAAGAUACAGUACUGGCCAAAUUUGGACUUUGGCAGGCUUUUUGGACGCUAUGGUGAAAGAACGACGCACCCCUGCACGAUGUUGUGCAUAUGCAACACGUCGUCGGCAAAGAAGAGGAACUUCCAAGAUGCUGACAGAGCCUGCCAUCUUUGCCAGAGAGACCAGCUGCGAUUGCCGCGCCCCUCACGAGAAGCUCACCAUCGCUCAGGCCCGCAGAGGCACCCCAGUGGACCGUCCAGUGAGAGUGUACGCUGAUGGCAUCUUCGACCUGUUUCACUCGGGCCACGCUCGUGCUCUCAUGCAGGCCAAAAAUCUUUUCCCCAACACCUACCUCAUUGUGGGAGUGUGCAGCGAUGAGCUGACCCAUAAGUACAAGGGCUUCACCGUCAUGACUGAGGCAGAACGAUACGAAGCGCUCCGACACUGCCGCUACGUCGAUGAGGUGCUCAGGGAUGCUCCCUGGACGCUCACGCCCAAAUUUCUGGAGCAACACAAGAUCGAUUUUGUGGCUCACGAUGAUAUCCCGUACUCCUCGGCAGGGAGUGAGGACGUCUACAAACACAUCAAGGAGGCAGGAAUGUUUGUGCCUACUCAACGCACCGAGGGAAUUUCCACGUCAGACAUUAUCACCAGAAUUGUCCGGGACUACGACGUCUACGCCCGCCGUAACCUCCAACGUGGCUACACGGCCAAGGAGCUCAAUGUCAGCUACAUCAAUGAAAAGAAGUACCGGCUGCAGAAUCAAGUGGACCGGAUGAAAGAGAAGGUUCGCAACGUUGAGGAGAAGAGCAAACAUUUUGUUUACCGUGUGGAGGAAAAGAGUCACGACCUCAUUCAGAAGUGGGAAGAAAAAUCCAGAGAGUUUAUCGGCAACUUUCUGGAACUUUUCGGACCUGAUGGUACUUGGAAGCAGGUUUUUCAGGAGCGCAGUGGACGAAUGCUCUCGUAUGCUCUGUCUCCCCGAGAGUCUCCCUGCAAUAGCCCUCCACGUGAACUGUCUCCCCUGCGCUCGCCUUCGCCGCCAUCCCCGCCCGCCCGCUGGCACAGCGCGCGGCCUUCGCCGCCAACCUCCCCCAAAGGAGCAUCCGCCUCCAUCAGCAGCAUGAGUGAAGGCGACGAGGAUGAGAAGUAGACGGGCGGCAGAGGCUCUCCCACGUGCACACGCGAUUCACAGAUCACUGCCUGAGAACUCAUCACGUGUGCCCACGAACAGUUCCCACACAAACACUGGAUGGAUACCAAAAACAUUUUACCUCAAGGAAAACAGCAAAGCAUACUGAGGCGGUGGGAUUUCUGUGCAUGGGAGGUUUGUUUUGCUGAGUAGAAAAGCCAUUACAGGGUGGAAGAUGACUGUUCAUGAUUCCAGUAUCACAUAUUUCAAAGAAAAAAAUUGUAAUCAUGGAACUUCCACAGCUUUGUGAAGCCACCAACUUGUUUUUGUCCCCUUUUUUCUUUUUAGUACAGCCAUUUGUUCACAAGAGAAAAGUUCAUGUAUGAUAUUCAGGGCUUGAACCCCACAGUGUACUACUACAUGUGAACUGACUAGAACCGCUAAAUUCCCAGGAAAAAUUCAAGUCUGCAGAAGAUCCAUUUCAGUUAAUCACUCACAAUACGUCACUCUUGCUGAAUAACAACCACAAAUUUGGCAUUUGGCAAAAACAGGUGUAGCAUUUGAAAUGAGUAAAGGAAUGAAAUUAGAUUGUUUUCACGUUAGAAAAAUUUGCAUAACUCAUCAAAAAGCCUAAAGGGUAUAAGCUGUGAUUCUCAACUGGUGGUUCAGGACGUAAAAGUGAGCCGUGGAAGUCUAGAAAACAAUUCCAUGUAUUCAGAAAUAUUUCUGUCAGUACAGUACAGAGGGGUACCAAGUUCCCGCAUGGAAGAUAUGCUAAGGAACAGGAAAUGUUCUCGUUUGUACUCUUUAGUCGAUUCAAUAGUUUACUCUGUAAACAAAUAGUGUAGCUCAGCCUCUGACUAGCAGGCGUCAUGGCUAGCAAUACGCUUUUGGCGGUAUGUCAUACUCAUUUGAAACGGUGCUUAAAAAAGAUAAGUCACUGUAAAUGUUUUCAGAGAUGAUUUUUUUCAACAAAGAGUGCUUUAUUGUUGGCGACAUGGAUAAAAGUGGAUCAAAAUUUUGCAAGUCGGAAAACGUGGGUCCCAGGGUGACAACCGUUAAGAACCACUGAGCUGGAUGUUGUAACUGAUUUCACAAAGUUUUAGAAAUUUCCAAUAUUCCAAAUCCAUGUGUGACAUGUUAGGGCAGUACUGUGCAGUACUCCAGCAGCAGCCAAACAAGUGCAACCCUGCAGAAACCGCUUUCCUCAAUGUCCAAAUCUGCUUUAUAAUUGGUGUUUUGGCUUGAAAAUGCACACUAGCCACUCAUGUUUGAGUAGAUUCUAACACACAUUGCUUUUUCAUCGCUAAUCCAUCCAUCCAUAAUCUACAGCUAUUCCGUGUCGGGUCACGGGGGAAGUAGCUUCAGCAGGGAUACCCAGACUUCCCUUUCCCCAGCCACUUCUUCCAGCACUUCCGGAGAGAUCCUGAGGCGUUCCCAAGCCAGCCAAGAGACAUAGUCCCUCCAGCGUAUCCUGGGUCAUCCUCGGAGUUUCUUUCAGGUGGGACAAGCUCGGAACACCUCACCAGGGAGGCGUCCAGAGGCAUCUGAAUCAGAUGCCCCAGCCACCUCAUCUGGUUCCUCUCAAUGCGGAGCAGCAGCGGCUCAACAAUGAGCCCCUCUUGGAUGACCAAGCUUCUCACCCUUUCUCUAAGGGAGAGCCCGGACACCCUGAGGAGGAAACUCAUUUCGGCCGCUAAUCAUCACUAAUCAUUUUUACUAAACUCAUGGUCAAUUUUUUUGAAACACUGUAAAAACACAUGUAUGAAAAAAGUAACGUAUGUACAAGUCAGGCCUAGACAUUGAAAGUAUUUUAAAAGAGUUUGAAAGCGACAAACAGGAACUAUAAGGGAGAAGAGGAAGGUGGGGAAUAUGUUAGUAAAUUACGCACUCGUACGUGAUCUUCAUAAAGCACUUCAUGAUUGUUUCAUUUCACAAAACUACCUUCUUAAAAUGACACAUUUAAGUCAUUGAAUCUCUUCUCCAAUUAAUAUCUGACUUUGAUAUGUGUUAUUUUAAACAGACCAUAAUUAAUGAAUAAUACAAGCAAUACUGUAAUGCGUCGGUGGAACCACUUAGUUUGAAUUUCUUGAACGUAAAAAGAGCUACCCUGUCGCAUUCUCAUCCAUCUUAGCUUGAUUUGUUCUGUAGAAAAGCCAUAAAUCUUGACAUUUCUCAAAAUGUUCCAGCAAUACAAAUCUUUCAAGGCUGAUUUGGGCCUUUACUGAGAAGAAUGAUGAUACUUUCAAUCAAAACUCACUUGUGGAUGUAAACAGUCAUUGUGAAACCUGUGAGAUGCAAAGUAUAUGUUUUGGGAAUGUAUGUCUUCUUUAUCUUUUUUAUGAUAA